AUGAAGGCGCUUGAAGCAGCAGCAAACACACAGUCAGCGGCAACACCGUUGGUGUUGCUCGCAUCCGCUUCUCCUCCCUGCUCUUGCGGCACCGCGCAGUCGAUCAUCUCUGGCUCGGCGGCAGCCUCGGCGGACUCGUCUAGCACCGGGGCCGCUGUCACCGCCCCAGCCGGCUCGCUGCACACAGCGAGGCGCUGCUACUCCUCUGCCGCUAGCGCAGACAGUCCAACCGCGGCCACGACAGCCGCAUCUGCUACGCCACAGCCUGAGAGUGCCGCUUCGCGUGUGGCAGCUGACAGCGCUGUAAGCAAGGCGGGGUGCAGUGAGCACCGGCCAGAUGAGCGCGAGGGCAGCGCAGCCGACAGCAGCAGCAGCGUGCGCGAGAGGUUCACGGAGGAAGAGAAGGCGAAGGAGGAUUGCGAGACAGCUGCGGUGCCGUCUUUCGCCGAGAUCUAUGAUGCGUUCCGCACCCUUCAACUCAUCCAGGAUGAUGGGCACGUUGUGCGCGAGUGGACGGCAACGCAUGUGAAGCAGGCGUAUCGGACACUGGCGAAGCAGCUGCACCCUGACGUUGCCGGCGGUGACGACGAGCUGAUGGAGCAGGUGAACACGUCCUACGACUUGCUCAUGGGCUUGUCCGCGGAGCUGGCGGACAACUACCGCAUGUGGCUGGAGACGGGUGGUGAGGCAGAGCUGCAGCUGCAGCGCGCUCACGAUCAACAGGAUUUGCUCGGCUCUCGCUGGACGUCCCGUGAAGUGGAGCAGCUCAUGAUGGUUGGAUGGUGCGCCACGCUAUCUGGUUUCGCCAUGUACGCUGUGUGGCGCGCUCUCUACGGCACCUCGCCAGUAGUCAACUCUGUGGGUGGUGCAGCUACUAUUGGAGGCAGCGCUGUCGGUGGCUGCAGCAAGGUACAUUGCAGCAUCAACGUCGCGGGUGUGCACCCCGUUGCCACUCGACUGACGUUUCCGCGGGCAGGCGCAACAGUGUCGACGGCCGCGGGCGUGCAGUACGGCGUGGUGAGCAUCGGCAACAGUGCGCUGUGGAUGCCGCCGCAUCUAUCCUUCCAGAUGCUGCAGCUGGUGCGAACGGCCGUGUCGCGCUACGCCUUGGCGGUGGCGCUCACGCUGGCGGCUUGGAUGAACACCGUCAUGCUGCAGCGCGUUCUUCAGCGGAUGCUCAUCGGCGGCGGUGGCGAGAGUGCAGGUUGA